AUGAGAAAAAAAAGUUAAAAAAAAUCCUUUUCAUUUCUCACAUGAAACAAAACAGAAGUUAACUAUUUUUACCAUUGAAAUUAUGGAGGUAAUGAUCGAACUCAAUGGAUUGUGAAAGGCCCAAUAGCCCGCUAACCUGAACCGACCCGUCAACCCGGUACCCCUGACCCGCUCAUCUCUGUGUUUAUACCCCCAUGAAAUCUACCUGAUUUAUGAAGCCGCACCGCCGCCGGCCCGCCGAGCACUCGUCCAUAGCCACCAGAAAAUCGAAUCAACCAAUUACGAGCACGUCAGAUUAAAAAUGGAUAAGAGAAAGCAAGGAAACAAUAAGGAAGAAACUUCAACAUACAUGGAUAUGAAAUCCACCAGGAUGGAACUGAAAUCGAUAUCGAAAGAUAUCGAGUAUAUGGGCCCCUCUCAUAUGACAUGGAGGCAGAAAAAGGCUUUGGAAAAAAAGAAAGUAGUUUCUCUUGGUGGGAAGCCUCCCAAGAAGCAAAGGCUGCCUUUAAGCGUAGCGCGAGUAGCAAUGAAAAAUCAGAAAGAAAGGGAUCAAAAGAUGUUACAAGAGAAUAUCUUACUUGGACUUGUUGGAGGGAAGCGUGGAAACCGUAGCAAACGGACGUCAGUCUCACGUAAACCCGAGGACAGAACACUGAUGUCAAGUGCUGGGCGUUUUAGAAAUGGUGUACUCGAUGUUAAAGAUUUGUUGAAAUCUAAUGCGUCUGCUAGUGACCGUGGUGGCUCAAGAAGUUAUGGAUUUGGUGGUGGUGGUUCUAGCAGCGACGGGUUUGGUGGUGGUUAUGGGUUGGGUAAAGGCGGCAAGAAAGGUGGCAAAAAGAACCAUGGAAAGAAAAGCAGUCGUCGGAAAGGACAUUAGAAUAUAGGAUGUAUGGAUAGUUUAUAGGAAUCUAUAAGCUUCACAAGUUUGGAAAUGAGGGUCAAAUGGAAAUGUAGUAUUUUUUAGAGUGAGCAAUUAUAUGUUUAUAAUCUUUGUUCAUGUGUUUUGUUGCAUACAAGGUGUUUGAUGAUAUUUCUGAAAGAGUAUACACUCAAGGAUGCUAAAUGGGUUGUGUUCAUGGGUUAAUCUCGACACAAACCUGAACACUUGGUUACAGUUUUUUUUUUUCGAAAAUAUUCGCAAACCUAUUUACAAUCA